AUGGUUUCCAGCAUAAAAACUUUAGAAAGCAACCGGUUCAGGAGGAGAUUCUGCUACUGCGUCACAAACGAGACCAACGAUCUAACAGACUUCACAGCCAUACUGUUAGACGUGAUGGGAAACUCAACCAGUUAUCUCCAUGAGCUUUUUAAAUCUGCCUCCAUAUUAUCAGUAACCCAGAGGAACAACUCGGAGUGUAUUUACAUCUGUGUGAUGGCGGGGAAGAUGGGCAGAGAGGUGCCCGACCUGUGGGAGGUGGGCUCCGUCACACCGCUGUUCAACCAGACCAUCGUGGAGGGGCCGCACAGAAUAGGCAACUUGUCUUCCUUCAAGCUCCCUGUCGAAUGGCACCAACUGCCCACGAAUCUGAGUCACAUUUCUCCAUCUGGGAUGAGCUCCAUGUUAACCAGCAGAGUCGUCUCCAGCGCACAUGUUUCUCCAACAACUCCGGAUGAAAAAGCUGCAACAACAGCAAAGAUCCCCACUGCCCAGCUGCUGGCAACACAGCGACAACCUGCAACCGGCUUGCCACAAAGUCCAACUACUCAAGAUAGACCGGAGACGACGACAACAAGAACAACUCAAAGAUGGACGACACAGAAAGUAACAACACAAACAAUGACGAUUGCACGGACAACAGCUACAGAAAUAACAACCAUGUUACAGCCAACCACCACCACAGCGGCAGAUCCAACUACAGUAACAACCCAAUCCUCUACAGUAUCUGCUCCAUCAACCACAGUAUGGGCUCCAUCAACCACAGUAUCUGCUCCAUCAACCACAGUAUCUGCUCCAUCAACCACAGUAUCUGCUCCAUCAACCACAGUAUCUGCUCCAUCAACCACAGUAUCUGCUCCAUCAACCACAGUAUCUGCUCCAUCAACCACUUUCCGAUCACUGUCAGACUCCAUCAAGGACCUUCAGACUCCAUCUACCACAGUAUUGGUUCCAACAACCACUGGAAAAGCUCCAUCAACCACAGUAAGAGCUCCACCAACCACAGUAGCAGCAUCAUCGACCACUGAAGAGGCAUCAUCAACCAAGAUAUUGGUUCCAUCAACCACAGAAGCAGCACCAUCAACAACAAUAUCAGCUCCACCAACCACAGAAGCAAUUCCAUCAACCACUAUAGCAGCAUCAUCUGCCACACUAAGAGCUCCAUCAACCUCAAAAACAGUGCCAACAACUACAGAAGCAGUGCCAACAACCACUUUUAAAGCUCCAACAACCACAGUAUCAGCUCCAUCAACCACAGUAGGAGCACCCGUAACCACAAUAUUUGUUCCAUCAACCACAGUAAGAGCUCAAACAACCUCAAAAACAGUCCCAACAACCACAGUUAGAGAUUCAUCACCCACAGUAAAGGCUCCACCAACCACACCAUCGGCUACAACAACUACAGAAGCAGCUCCAUCAACCACAUUAUUGAUCCCAUCAACCCUAGUAGCAUUGCCAACAACCACAGAAGCAGCACCAUCUAGAACAGUAAAGGCUCAACCAACCACAGUAUUGGCUCCAUCAACCUCAAAAACAGUGCCAACAGCCACAGUAAGCACUCCAUCAACCACAGUAUCGGCUACAUCAACCACAGUAAGAGCUCCAUCAACUUCAAUAGCAAUGCCAACAACCAUAGCAAGAGCUCCAUCAACCACCUUAUUGGUUCCAUCAACCACAGUAUCGGCUACAACAACCACAUUAAGAGCUCCAUCAACCACCUCAUUGGUUCCAACAACCACAGUAAGAGCUCCAUCAACCACCUUAUUGGUUCCAUCAACCAUAGCAAGAGCUCCAUCAACCACAUUAUUGGUUCCAUCAACCACAGUAAGAGCUCCAACAACCACAGAAUCACCUUCAUCAACCACCGUAACAACACUAUCAACCACAAGUUCAACCCUACUGGCCACAGCAUCACCCAAACCCACAACCCUUUCACCAGUAAGAUAUCAGAAGAACCAGAACGACAAGAACCAGGAGAACCAGAAGAACCAGAAUACAAAUAAAAAGAAGAACCAGAAUAAAAAGGACCGGAAGAACCAGAAGGAUCAGAAGGAUCAGAAGAAAAAGAACCAGAAUAACAGGAACCAGAAGAACCAGAAUGAAAAGAACCAGAAGAACCAGAAGAAAAAGAACCAGAAUAACAGGAACCAGAAGAACCAGAAUGAAAAGAACCAGAAGAACCAGAAGGAUCAGAAGAAAAAGAACCAGAAUAACAGGAACCAGAAGAACCAGAAUGAAAAGAACCAGAAGAACCAGAAGAAAAAGAACCAGAAGAACCAAAAUAAAAAGAACCAGAAGAACCAGAAUAAAAAGACCCAGAAGAACCAGAAGGAUCAGAAGGAUCAGAAUAAAAAGAACCAGAAGAACCAGAAUAAAAAGAACCAGAAGAACCAGAAGAAAAAGAACCAGAAGAACCAGAAGAAAAAGAACCAGAAGAACCAGAAGAAAAAGAACCAGAAGAACCAAAAUAAAAAGAACCAGAACCAAAAUAAAAAGAACCAGAAUAAAAAGAACCAGAAGAACCAAAAUAAAAAGAACCAGAAGAACCAGAAUAAAAAGAACCAGAAGAACCAGAAUAAAAAGAACCAGAAGAACCAGAAGAAAAAGAACCAGAAGAAAAAGAACCAGAAGAACCAGAAGAAGAAAACCCUUUAUUAUUCCCCAUAA